UUUUAUUUUAUCGAAGGAUAUUUUCCAGUUGAGAACUUCAAUUUCGGGAUAUUUUCAAGAAAUCUCACAUGCAAUGUCCCAAAUAUCCAAGAAAUAUCUACUGCCUUCGAUUACUCCCUGAACAUUAGCGGGUGACAUGGCCACUUGAUGGGCUCUUGACACGUGUUAAAGCGGUGGACAACUGGCGCGUCUCUUCUGUCCCACCCCUUCUCACAGUUUUCCUCAUUCGGCUGUAUAUAUUCUUCUUCACCAAAAUACAUUCCCUUUAUAAUUUGAUCCAGAAGCCCCAAGAGAAGAGAGAGUCAAACUGAGUUUUGUGGGUUUUCUCUCUCCUAAAUUUUCAGCAUCAAUGGGUUGUGAAACUCUUGCGUUGGAUGUCACUGUUGAUUACGGUUCAACUAAUUCUGCUCGACCACGAGAGACUCUGAGUCAGGACUCUGCGGUCAGGGAAUCACUGUCCACAGAGUGGACAGAUGAGAAGCACUGUUUGUACCUGAAGUCCAUGGAAGCAUCCUUCAUUAACGAUUUGUAUAAUUCCGUUGAUACACUCGGCUGGCGCUUACAAAGACAGCUUGGGGAAAAACGUCCCAACACUUGUAUAUCUUCUGGCCAGUACAAGGUUGUUCGAGGUGGCUGUUGGGAAAAGGUCAAGUUUGAAAAUCAAAAACCGCAAACGAACAAAGAAAACGGGCCUCGUGUUCUUUUAGCACAUCCAUGGAUUCAACAUUUCAGUUCCGCAUGCAGAGAACAAAAUGUAUUAUCUUGUGAUCUACAAGAAAGAACAUCAUUUGGAAAUCUGGAAGUUCGUGGCAUUGGGAAGAUGGCAUUUGCUCCUGCUGAUUUAGCUGCCAACAUGAAGCAGUUUUCUUUGUGUCGCAGUGAUUCAGUUGGUAGCAAUACAGAGGUCACGGGCCAGAACUUUAUUGAUGAGGAUAGUGAAGGAGAGAAGGCAAACCAUGUAUCCAAAGCAAAACGGAGGAAAACUAACGAUGGUCUCACUUCAAGCAAUGAUCAGGUUGUUCCUUUCGGCACACAUCCUUCAACCCAAGUUGUUCCCAAAAAGUCUUCUUUGCUGGGAAGGAGAGGCCCUAAAGCGGCCAUGAUUUGAAGUCCGAAAACAAGAUCAAUAUUCACAGGAUUCAACAGAUGUUCUAACCGAGGAGACUAAGGGAUGAUUCCCGAGCCCUAUUAGCGACUGACCUGCAACGGUAACUCGAAACUCAUAUCAUGAGAGAGAGGCUAAUUUAGGAAUCAGGGUGAUUGGUCAUAUGUUGGACAGGUUUUGAUGAGCAUGGUGUGUUUGUAUUGCACAGCUAUGAUCGAGGUUAGACUAGCAUGUUGCAUUGUUUUUGAAUUUUUUUGCCUUCCUUUUUUGCCCCCUUGAAUUGCUAUUAAAGGGAUGUGAAGUCUAGUAGAAUAUGUAUAAUGAUUAUUCUAUCUCAAUGCGUUAUGUUGCAAUAUGGACAUCCUUCAUUCAAAAGCUUGCAAUAGUUUCUGAUUUCCUU